UUUUAUCGAAAAAGAAAAAAUUACUUCAGUGGGCUUCAGUGGACCCUUUGUACGUGUUUGUUUGGGGUCCGUGGAUUUAACAAAGCGCUCUGGGAUCGUUUAAUCUUGCCUGGUUCCGUCAGGUCGGAGGUCACCCUGCGCGCCUCUCAUCAUCCACACAGAACAAGGAGAAGCUUAGAGACAAACAAACGCAUACGGGACGGUUCGAGUCCACGGCUUCUCUUUAAAACUGACACCUGAGUUACAAACCACGGCAGCGGUUCUGAUCUCUGUGUCGCCGAGGUCGGAGAUCAGCGCUAACUUAUCCGUUAGUCUGGCUAACCCUGCUAGCCGCGUUAGCUGGCUGAGAGGGAACUCAGUAGCUAGUAGCUCCACUUCGAGCUAGCUUAACUUUAAGGACAUUUCUGUGAUUGGAGGAGUGAGAAGACUGAAGAAGACAUGCAGGAGAUACUGGCCAACGUGGACCACAUAAAGUUUGACCUGGAGAUUGCUGUAGAGCAGCAGCUGGGAGCGCAGCCGUUGCCCUUCCCCGGCAUGGACAAGUCUGGGUCUGCUGUGUGUGAGUUCUUCAUGAGAGCUGCGUGUCAGAAAGGUGGGAUGUGUCCGUUCCGACACAUCAGCGGAGAGAAGACGGUGGUGUGUAAACACUGGCUCAGAGGACUGUGUAAGAAGGGAGACCAGUGCGAGUUUCUUCAUGAAUAUGACAUGACCAAGAUGCCUGAAUGCUACUUCUACUCCAAGUUUGGUGAGUGCAGCAACAAAGAGUGUCCGUUCCUUCACAUCGAUCCAGAGUCUAAGAUCAAAGACUGUCCCUGGUAUGACCGAGGCUUCUGCAAACAUGGUCCUGACUGCAGACACAGACACACCAGAAGGGUGAUCUGUGUGAACUACUUGGUGGGAUUCUGUCCAGAAGGAAAAUCCUGUAAAUUUAUGCACCCCCGAUUUGAGCUGCCCAUGGGCGCAUCUGAACAGCCUCCUCUGCCACAGCAAAACCAGAACCAGGCAAAGCCUGUGCCUACCAUCGGCCGCUCGUCGGUCUCUUUAAUCCAGCUGACCAACUCCAGCACAGCACAGCGGCAGCAGAACAACGUGACGGCUGCUGCUCAGCAGAAUAAUCUAAAUGCCAACAGAGGGCCUCGUCCACUGGACCAGGUCACCUGCUACAAGUGUGGUGAGAAGGGCCACUAUGCCAACAAAUGCACUAAAGGCCAUCUUGCCUUCCUGAGUGGACAAUAACCUUGAGCCUCAAAGCCUGAACACCACAGUGCUGUAGCUCACUGCCCCUGAUGUGAGCAGAAGAGACGAAAGGGGAAAAAAAGACGCUCUGCUCUAUAUGCUGGUGUACCUAAAAAGACUUUAACUGCCACUUGUGUGUGACCUGACAGACACAGGGCAGUGGGAGGGAAACAUUGCUACUAUAUAUUUUUGAUCCUUACAAACUGCGAACACAUGAAAGUGGCAGGCACAGAAAAGGUUGACCGGCCCGAUUUGUUGGGUUUGUGCAGUCCAGGUGACUGAAGAGUCACUCCCAGGGUCCAGUCUGCAGCAAACAUCAAUACAGGUGUUGUUACUCACAUCAUGUGACUGCAACUGCCAGUCACAUGAUAUGUUCUGUGUAAGUCUGACCGUGAAAAAUUGAACAAAUGUGCUGUCAGUAGGAAUGUAAUUUAACGCAGUUUGUAGUCAGCACCCAAAUCCAAGCUCACUCUAAAAGUCACAUUUUGGGUCUUUCAGCCUGAAAGUAGUUCAUUUAGCAGCCGCGUGGCAGCACAAACCAGCUGGAGGAUGCGUUUUGUUAACAGUCUGAACAUAUUCUGUCUGUACAAAUAAAUGUUCUCGUUUCUGAUUUUA